GGCACGACGACGCAGAAUGGACCGUCGUCGCCAGCGUGGACGCCUUACAACCUGCUCAUUCAAUCGUUCAUAUUCCGAAAGGGACGGAGGAGCAUUGUGCGAGAAACGGUGGCGUGGUUUGUGGUCUGUGCGAUCUGCGUGCGCCUCGCAGCACGUGGCGCUUCUGCGCCUCGCAGCACGUGGCUUCUGCGCGUGGCCAUCCUUAAGACUUGGCCUCCUGUUCAAGGGCUCCACGUGCUCCGCCCCAACGUGACGUCGCCUGUGGAGAUUCGCAUCCUCCCGUCGGGGGUUUACUUACCUUCGUUGGGAGUGCUGCUCGCCGGCUCUUUGGUCUCGCGUGCCACCGUUGUGCAGGAGGCGGAUGAAUCAGCAGCAACAGCAGAGUUUUCCACACCUUCCCCACUGAUAGUCUGCAUUCGGUGUGUGGAUGACCAGAGGGAGGGAGUUUCUGGACAGACAAUCGUCGGUGGAGGGUUCCUUGCGGCGAAAGCAUUGAAUCGACUGUUGAAAGGAGAUAGCAAGAUGAGUCAAGAUAAAUGGACAACGCUGAGCCCUGCCGAGUUCUCCCAGCUCCAAACAUACACUGAAUAUACCAACAAGAAAGUGAAGGAUGUCCUUGGGGAGUUCCGGGAGGGUGGAAUCCUUUCCAAGUAUGACCCCGAGCAGCCAAUUGACUUUGAGGGAUUCAAGCUGUUCAUGAAGACAUACCUAGAGGCAGAGGUCCCAGAAGAGCUGUGCCGACAUCUCUUCAUGUCAUUUACACGCACGGACAGGCACCCGGCUCCCCUGGGCCAGUCGCAGUGUACAAGCACUUCACAGAUCAUCGAGACCGACAGUGGCAAGGCCGGUGAGAAGAGGCUUGGCCAGAAAGGCGGUGGGGUCGGUGGACCGAGUCUUGUAAAGUCUGCAUCUCUGGGGGAUGUGAGCCAGACACAGGCUGUGCACCUCAAGGAUAUUGUGUGCUACCUCUCGCUGCUUGAGGGCAGCCGACCUGAAGACAAGCUGGAGUUUAUGUUUCAUCUCUAUGACACCGACAGCAACAAACUGCUCGACAGCUCGGAGGUGGACCGCAUAAUCACACAGAUGAUGCACGUGGCUGAAUACUUAGAGUGGGAUGUCACAGAGCUGAAGCCGAUCCUUCGGGAUAUGAUGCAGGAGAUCGACUAUGACCAAGAUGGCACGGUGUCUCUGGAAGAGUGGAUACAGGGUGGAAUGACGACAAUUCCCUUGCUUGUGCUUCUCGGCCUGGAGUCGAACGUGAAGGACGACGGACAGCACGUGUGGAAAUUGAAGCACUUCAACAAACCGGCGUACUGCAAUUUCUGCAAGGCCAUGCUCAUCGGCCUGGGCAAGCAGGGACUCUGCUGCACAUUCUGUAAAUACACGGUCCACGAGAGGUGCGUAGCUAAGGCACCGCUAAACUGCAUCAGUACUUACGCCAAGUCCAAAAAGAGUGCCACCGUGAUGGACCACUAUUGGGUGGAAGGCAACUGCCCUGCCAAAUGCGACAAGUGCCAUAAGAGCAUCAAGUGCUACCAGGGCCUUACGGGGCUACAUUGCGUAUGGUGCCACAUAACGCUGCACAACAAGUGUGCUUCGCACGUGAAGCCGGAAUGUGACUGCGGUCAGCUAAAGGACCACGUCCUUCCCCCAAACACCAUCUUCCCCUUGGUGCUGACAUGUGAGCCACAGGAGCGACAGAUGUCAGUGCAAAGGACAGACAGUGGCAGCGGAGCGUCGCUGGACGACGACGUGCUGCGGCGUUUUCAGCGCACCAACUCGGUGACAGGCGACGGGCACGCUCUGCAGAUUACACCUACUACUGGCACCCACCCCUUGCUCGUUUUUGUCAAUCCAAAAAGUGGAGGCAAACAAGGAGAAAAAAUUCUCCGAAAGUUUCAAUACCUUCUCAAUCCUCGGCAAGUGUAUAACCUCAAUAAAGGUGGUCCAUUUCCAGGAUUGAACUUCUUUCGUGACGUCCCCGAUUUCCGAGUGCUCACUUGCGGUGGGGACGGCACUGUGGGCUGGGUUUUGGACUGCAUCGACAAACUUUCUCUGCCAAAGCGUCCACCUGUAGCAGUCCUUCCUCUUGGCACAGGAAAUGAUCUGGCUCGGUGUCUGCACUGGGGUGGCGGUUAUGAGGGCGGCAGCCUGCGCAAGACCCUGAAGGACGUGGAGAACAGCACACCGCUCAUGCUGGACCGCUGGAGUAUCGAGGUCAUUGCCACGGAUCUCGACGAAAAGGGCGACCCUGUACCUUACUCCAUCAUCAACAACUACUUCUCCAUCGGCGUGGAUGCCUCAAUAGCUCACAGAUUUCACCUGAUGAGAGAGAAGCACCCAGAGAAAUUCAACAGCCGGAUGAAGAACAAGCUGUGGUACUUUGAAUUUGGGACAUCAGAGACGCUGUUUGCUACCUGCAAGAAGCUCUACGAGUUCAUGGAGGUGGAGUGCGACGGCGUGCAGCUGGAUCUGGCCAACAGUUCCCUGGAGGGCAUCACGGUGCUCAACAUUCCGAGCAUGCACGGCGGCUCCAACCUCUGGGGUGAGACCAACACUCGGCGGGUCAGCCGACGCAGCAGCAUGCGGAGGAGUGGCCGAGAGAAGGUUCAAGCCACCAUUGCCGACCAGCGGGAGCUCAAGUUCUGCCAGCAAGACCUCAGUGACCAUCUGCUGGAGGUGGUUGGGCUGGAUGGAGCUAUGGAAAUGGGCCAGAUCUACACGGGGCUGAAGAGUGCAGGUUCCCGCUUGGCCCAGUGUUCCUCCGUGACCAUCAGGACGACCAAGCUGCUACCUAUGCAGAUUGAUGGAGAGCCUUGGAUGCAGCCGCCCUGCACAAUAAAGAUCAUUCAUAAAAAUCAAGCGCCCAUGUUGAUGGGGCCGGCCCCGAAGACCGGCUUCUUCUCCUUCCUGAGACGAAAGAAGAACUGAAGGGCGGUGCUGCUCACGAUCUGUAAAACUUUGCAGAUGGUGCAACACCACUGCUUGCUUGCACAGCACAGCGCGCACACCACACACACACUAUGUCAUAUCUAAAGAUUCAACGACUUCAUCAUACAAGACGACAGUGAUUGACAGUGUGUAAUAUGUGUAAAUCGCUCUCUCCGCCGUACACUUUCCACGCAUAGUCGCGGCCUAUGGCCUUCCAACACUACACAACUUAAUUGAGUAGUUGAGUAAUUGCAUUCCAUUUGUCGGAUAUAUUAUGAUGCCAAAUAACGCUAUAUGUAAGUACUGUAUUUUAAAUGCCCAUCAAUAUUGCAUACAUGUUCAGAUAAUGCGUUGCAUAGAAGAAAAACAAACGUGCACAAUUACCUUAAGUAAUGUAAUCAUAGACACUGGUUCUUAAUCUUUUUAUGCUACAAAACAACUUAAACUGCAUAUUAUUACAAUCCUAGUACAGUAAUAAUGUUUUAAAAGCACCAUUAUACUGUCUUUUUAAAUGCAGAAUUGGUAAAUUCUUUACAAUAAUUUUUUUUGUAAAUUCUUUUUUUUAUAUGAAAGAAAGUUGAUUACACUUAAAACAGCCUAUUUUAAUGAAAAAAAAUCUAUACAUGCUGUUUUAUAUUAAUUUACUCCAAUUGGUUUUAUUUUGGGCGGGGAUGAAGACAUUUUGCUGGAGGAUCUUUUUUGUAAAAUCUGUUUUUUUCUCACAAUUUGUCGUACAUGACAUGGUUUAAUCAUAGCAUAUUCAGGGGAUGUGGGUGUAAUUGUGUGGGGGAGGGUGUAUAUUGGACAUUAUUAUUAUUAUUGUUAGAUAAGCUUGUAACAAUGCCUGCUUGUCGGUGAACAGUUGUUCAUUAAAAUGUUUGCAUUAGGAACAAAUUUCUGACAUUAGAAUCCUUAUUUUUUUCACUGUCGUGUGCUUGACCACUUUUGCAAAUAUAUGCACAUACACAAUAUUUGUUUUUGCUGUUUUAGCUAUUAUGGACAGGUUUUUUUUAAUUGUAUUUGAAUAAGAUGUUUCAUGUUUAACAUGUGUAAAGAUAAAACUUGUUAAGGAACCUAACAAAUGGAGCCUUGGCCAAAAAGCGUUAUCUUCCCACAUUCUUACAGCCCUGUAUAACGUAUUAUAUUAUAUCAUACACGCACUGACAAAACUCAUGCACUGUAAAUAUUAUUGUAAAGGAAAAUUUUAAAUAUCAAUGUUUAAUACAGAACGACGUGCUCAGGGAUUAGGAACCCCCAUUAACAUCUGAGUGCCACAAUCUCUAUACAACGUCACUCAUGGGUGUGCCUUGAUGUUCCCAAUCCCACCAGUCCCAUAACCUCAUGCUCCCAUCACUUUGACACAACACGUGUCUCCCAAGCCAUUCCACUCGUCAGCCAAGGAGUCAUGCAUGAUGCCAUACAUGUGUUUUAUUUGCUAAAGCAACAUGCAAGACCCUCGUCUAUGCUGCGUGGCCUGGUAACGUAACCUGUGAUUUGAUGCCAGGUUAAGUAAUGACACGUUGCAGCUUGUUAGAUUUGCUUGAUUUUAUCUGAUGCAAGCUUUCAUUAACCCCUCUGCGAGGCUCGCCAACAGUGUUGCCACCACCACCACAUGGCAGUGUACAUGAACAUGGAGCAUUGGCAUUUGUUUGGAUCAAUCACGUGUGUUGAAGUUGACAAUGCAAACUGUGAGUAACCUUGUAAAUGUGAUACGUAUCAAUUGCGUUUUGGUAGGUGUCUGGCAUGCUGCCAAAAUCUGUUUUGUGGUAAGCAUGGUAUAGGUUCAUAAUGUAUGUUGCUGCUGAGCAGAAGCACCUUUAAUAUUGAAGCUGCUAUUCUGUCCAGUACUAUGUAAAAAUAACUAUGCAUGUGCACACCCGUACCACAAUGCCUCUUAAGAUAGCCGGCGUAUCAGUAGUACAUCACAAUUAUGCGGAUAAUUCCAAUGUGCAACAUAUGACGAUACGUGGCUCCAGGAACAGAAACAACAACAAAAGCUCCGCUUUAGGAUUAUCCAGUCCCAGGUGACACGUGCAGGUAAGCCAAGGUCACUCUGGCAAAUGAGACUAUAUCCUGAUCUUUGGAGUUGUCACCUGGUUAAACAAAAGUAACUUUAACGAAUUGAUAUUUGGAACACAAGGGCAUUGUGUGAUGACGGUGGUGAUGAUGUUGAUGCUGUUACAUCGGUACUGGUCUCCCACCAGACCGGUCUCUCGCGGGAAACUCCGUGUUAUGCGUGGGCCCGCCUGGUGCGGGAAGCCCCGAUGAUGAAGCCACUUGCCAGUGUAUUCCAGUUUGUCAAUAAAUCCACGUCGCAACGUUCUUGCUGGAGACUUCGCUGAAAGACCCGAGGUGGACUUUGUUACUUCCUCAACCUGGAGUCACCAACUGCCACCCGAAUACUGACCUGUCACAGGGACAACUAAUUGUAGGGGCAUGCAUUCUGCAGUAACAUCAUAACAACUGUAACAUCACGGUAAAUGCGCACUAAAUUUAACAAGGGUGUAGUCGUGUUUUUAUGUUUUUUUAUAGAUACUUCAACAAAAGUUGUUUAUUAUUGUACACUAACAAAGGGAAGUGGACUUUUUACCACGUAGCAGACCUGGUUACUAGUGGCAUCGACAUUAAUGUACAUUUUAAAGUUAUCUGCUCACGAGUUACACAGAUUCUUGUAUGAGGUCAUGUAUGCUGUUUUUUGCCUUUUACCCAUGUGAUCUGUGCAUUUGCGUCAGUUUUGUCGUCAGUGCGAAUUAAAUAAGCACAAUCUUUGUUGGUGCGAUUUAAAUGUGACUUGUGGACAGUUUGUAUGUAUCUUUUAUGCAUCGCCUUCAUGUGUUAAUUCUGUUUGUGGCAUUUACAGCUACAAUAAAAAAGUUAAACUUUGA